CCCGGCAGGCAGCAGCCCUCUGAGCCCUGAGCUGAGGAGAAGGAGGGAUUGGACCAACCUGGGAGGUGUGUCACAGCCUCUGAGCAGUCAAGGACAAUGCCAUCUUCCAUUUCUUGGGGCCUCCUCCUGCUGGCAGGUCUAUGCUGCCUGGUCCCCGGCUCCCUGGGCGACACCACCCAGGACACAGAGGAGUCCAAGCAUGAGCAUGACCAGCACCCAGCAUGCCACAAGAUCGCCCCGAACCUGGUCGACUUCGCCUUCAGCAUGUACCACCAGGUGGCUCAGAAGUCCAACACCACCAACAUCUUCUUCUCCCCGGUCAGCAUCGCCGUAGCCUUCGCGUUGCUCUCCACAGGAGCCAAGUCCGACACCCACAAGCAGAUCCUGGAGGCCCUGAAGUUCAACCUCACAGACACGCGUGAGGCCCAGAUCCAAGAGGGCUUCCAACACCUCCUGCACACCCUCAACCAGCCCAACAGCCAGCUGCAGCUGACCACCGGCAACGGGAUCUUCGUCAACCAGAGCCUGAAGCUGGUGGAGAAGUUCCUGGAGGAUUCUAAGAAGCUGUACCACUCCGAAGCCUUCUCCGUCAACUUCAAGGACAGCGCCGCCACCAAGAAGCUGAUCAACGACUACGUGGAGAAGGGCACCCAGGGGAAAAUCGUGGAUCUGAUCAAAGAGCUGGACGAAGACACGGUCUUGGCUCUGGUGAACUUCAUCUUCUUCAGAGGCAAGUGGAAGAAGCCCUUUGAGGAGGAGCACACCGAGGAUGGGGGCUUCCACGUGGAUGAGACGACCACAGUCACAGUGCCCAUGAUGAGCCGCCUGGGCAUGUUCAACGUCCACUACCACACGGAGCUGUCCAGCUGGGUGCUGCUCAUGGAGUACUUGGGCAAUGCCACCGCCAUCUUCAUCCUGCCCGAACAGGGUAAACUGAGGCAGGUGGAGGACCAGCUCACCCAGAAGACCCUCUCCACGUGGCUGGAGGAUAGAUACCCAAGAUCGGCCAGUGUGUCUCUCCCCAAGCUGUCCAUUUCCGGAACCUACGACCUGGUGGAGAUCAUGGGCAAACUGGGCAUGACUCACGUCUUCAGCAAUGCAGCCAACCUUUCGGGUAUCACUGAGAUGGCACCCCUGAAGGUGUCCAAGGCGGUGCACAAGGCCAUGCUGACCAUCGACGAGAGAGGGACGGAAGCUGCCGGGGCCACGGUCUUGGAAGCUAUUCCCAUGUCUAUGCCCCCCACGGUCUCAUUCAACCGUCCCUUCCUCCUGAUCAUCCACAGCAAGGAAACCAAGAGCCCUCUUUUCAUAGGCAGGGUGGGGAACCCCUUACAAAAGUAACUACCACCCUCGCCCAGCCCCCACACCCAGGGCAGGUCUCCUGGUGAAGCAAUAAAAGGGCUGCCUAACCAAA